AUGCCAUCAUCUAUUCCUAUCCUCCUCCUCCCCGUCCUCUCUUUCCUUUCCCUUCUUGCCAUUACCUUCUCCUCAUCCGAUGAUCCCUCAAUCAAUUGCUCUUCUUCCUCCACCUGCGGCGGCGUCAGCAUCUCCUAUCCGUUCUGGCGCUCCGACGGUCCUCCGUCUUUCUCCGCCGUCCACUGCGGCUACCCCGGAUUCGGGAUCGCCUGCGAAUUAGAAGACAAGCAGCAGCCUAUCCUCCAGAUCGGUUCCGACCACUACUACAAGGUCACCAAUAUCGAUUACACCAACCGCACCAUCAACCUCACCGACAUGGACGUCGUCCUAGCGACCCCCGACACGAUUGGGUGCCCGAGAUCCCUCCACAACUUCACGUUCUCCAGCGACGUUGCCUCUUCGCUGAAUUACACCGGCGCGGACGCCAAUCUCACCUUCUUCUUCGGCUGCUCCGUCAACGACCCCAGCCCGUGGAACGAUUUUCCGCAGCAGAACGUGAUUCCCUGCGUCGGCUACGGGGACAAGAGCUCCUUCGUCUUCCCCAGUAACGGCAUUCCGCCUGAAAUUCGGGCCGUCCCGUGUGAGGACGUAGUGGUGGCGCCGGUGCUGCUUCAUUUCCUGGCGACGUAUGAUUUCAUCGAGGCGCUGAAUCACGGGUUCCAGCUGGCCUGGAUUGCCGGCGCUCCCGAAGGCUGCGAGGAAUGCGAGCGCUCCGGCAGGCGCUGCUGCUUCAACCAGACGCGCAGCUUCUGCUCCGACGCAACGCCAGCCGGCUAUUGCCCUGGUAUGGCUUCAUGCCUGCCUGCUCUUUCUAGUACGAGUUUCGCGCUGACAAAAUAA